AUGGGUCGCGUUAUUCGCAAUCAGCGCAAGGGCGCUGGCGGCAUCUUCAAGGCCAUCACUCGCCUUCGUAAGAACCCCGCCAAGUUCCGCCAGCUCGACUAUGCCGAACGCCACGGCUACAUCCGCGGCAUUGUUCGCGAGAUCAUCCACGACCCUGGCCGGGGCGCUCCCCUGGCCCGUGUCUCGUUCCGCGACCCCUACCGGUUCAAGCUCCACACCGAGACGAUGAUUGCCAACGAGGGCAUGUACACUGGCCAGUUCGUCUACGCCGGCAAGAACGCCACCCUGACCAUCGGCAACAUCCUGCCUCUGGGCUCCAUGCCCGAGGGUACCGUCGUGACCAACGUUGAGGAGCGCGCUGGCGAUCGCGGUGCUCUGGGCCGCACGUCUGGCAACUACAUCACCAUUGUCGGCCACAACCCCGAUGAGGGCAAGACCCGCAUCAAGCUGCCGUCUGGCGCCAAGAAGGUCGUCAGCAGCAAGGCCCGCGGCAUGAUCGGCAUUGUUGCUGGUGGCGGCCGUACUGACAAGCCCCUGCUGAAGGCUUCGCGUGCCAAGCAUAAGUUCGCUGUCAAGCGCAACAGCUGGCCCAAGACCCGUGGUGUGGCCAUGAACCCUGUCGACCAUCCUCACGGUGGUGGUAACCACCAGCAUAUCGGUAAGGCCUCGACCAUCUCCAGAUACGCCGCCCAGGGCCAGAAGGCCGGUCUUAUUGCUGCGCGGAGAACGGGUCUGCUGCGUGGUACCCAGAAGGUCAAGGACUAA